UAUACUCUCGUAUGUUAUUCGAUUUUAUCCCAAUGUACUCAUACAUUUAACAUGUGCUGUUUAUAAACUGUGAAAGUUCAAAAUACCUAUUUUUUAGCGGCCGAGCCCGUCGGUGAUGAAUGUAGAUAUAAAGGACAAAAACUGUCGACAGCAGAAAAGCCCAUCCAAGGAGUCUAACUAGUAGUAGGAGCUUUCUAUUCCUUUGUUUUCUAUUAUCUAUAAUCUAAGCUAUAUUGAGCUAUUAAUUACUAUUAUUUUACAUGCUGUAAUGGUCUGCUAAAUAUUGCGGAGUCGACAUUCAAAGCACUGGUUUAACCAAAUAGACCUAUAGCUCAUCAUCAUUUACAAUCUAAACUACUGUUUUUCUAUUCUUACCUUGCUUAUACCAGACCAUUAUUUUCAAUCGCUUUUUUGCAGUAUUUAGGGGUUUUUAUGGUGGAAAUUCCCAAUAGACUUUACAGAUAUUCUAGAAACACUGCAAACGCGCCUUCAGAAAAAUAUUUGUUCAGUAACCAAGCCUUCAAAUAGCACCACAGGGUUCCCGGGCCUGUAGUGUUUUGCUAAUUACUUUUUGCGAUUUUUGUUWAAAAAAAACGUUUUUCAAGUAUGAAGGUGGGAUAAAGUUAUCACUCUAUACAUUUUGUAUGAGUUUUAUAUACCAGUUGAUAAUGAUAACGUUAUCAACCCUGGCCCCUGGACGUGAUGUCUUUUACGCAAAGUCCUGUUUUCAAACCAGCCGUCAUGAGAAAUCUGUGCAUCAAUGAAAUCAAAAUUUGUUGAUUUUUGCUCAAUUAAAACAUACACUCAAAUCAUAAAAACCAAGGCGGUCUUACUGAUUUUAUCACGUUUUAAGACAACAAUAUUAUCAAAGUCGCCGAUAAUAAUACACACAACGCCAAUCAAUGAAUGUAAGGCCAUAUUUGAUUAGGUAUUUCCACGAAAAAUAAACACGAAAAUCUGCUUUUGUCUAUACAAUGUCAGUCGGCAAACGUCAAGAAAAUACUUAGGGGAAAUGAAGGGCUUAGGAUGCUAAUCCGUCAUGAACGAAAACUAUACGAUAGGAAAACAAGGUAUGCAAAUAUUCAGAAUGAAAAAGGAAGAUUUUAAUAGGCGUUUUUGAGUAUUUGAUAGGAAUUUUUAGAGCAAAAUUCACAUUGAAGUGUUAUCCAAAAGUUUUUAUUUAUUAUUAUUAUUAUAUUUCAAAUAUGAUAACGGGAAUAAAAUGAGACAAAAAUGCAAAGUUUUCCUUUGUUAAAUGAAAGUAAAAUGUACCUUUAUUCAAAACUGCCAAAAGAAAAAAAAAAGAAAAAAAACGGAAAUGCUGGCAGAUGUCUUGGUAAUGGCUACUCCAUUAUGUACACUGAAAAAAUGUAGAUAUUAUCAGCAAUGAUUAUCAAAACGGUUUGUCAUGUGAGGUACAUAUCGUGCAAAAGUUUAUCUUCUGGUUAUUUCAUUACUGAUGGCGAGAAAAGGACUGAAAAAAAAAAAACAGAUAAAAAAACCUAGGGUCAAAUAAGACUUGACAUGUAUAUCAAUAUCGCUGAAAACUGACCGGCUUUUAAAGAAAACCAAUUAUAUUUACAAAUGUACAUUCAAUUAAUUAGAAGUCAGUCGUUUUUAAAAAUUGUCUAUCAAAUGCCAAGCAUUUUGUUAGAUAUCUUUUUUUUUUUGCAUGUGUUUGGCUAUUAAAAGAAAGCAGAAAUAAAUAAACUACCUCUUUCUUUUUAUAAUCACUUUAGUAACAAUAAUUCUUCGCGCAACCUGUGUAAACAAUGUUUUUUCUCAAAGGAGGAUGUAGUGUGUAAAUCAUGGGUAAAGCACCCUCUUUACUUACUAAACCAUUUCUUUCCAAAAACAUUGUUUAUUUCGGGAACUUUUGAUUGGAACAAAAAUAAAUUUGAUCUUAAUGGAUGAGUGAUUGCUUUUAAUUAUAACAGACGCGAAUAAUCCAAAGUUAAUCAUCCACAACAUUCUCAACACGAGUUCCUGUGAGGGCAGUUGUACUUGUGUCAACUUCUCUUCAGCAUCAAUGUGGUUUUUUAUUAAUUGUCUUUAAAUCAAUGUUCUGAAGCCAUUGAAUUCCUAACUAAGUCACGGACCGGAUCCUGAGGUGAGUUAUUGACAAAAGAUUCAAGUUUUCACUCAAAACAAAGCAAAGUCUUCUUGGUACACAGACUCUAUGUAAACGAAUGUCAACUUAUCUUAAGCCUUUGAAAGUCAAAACCAGUGUCUUAUAGAAACACACGAAAUCUCUUAAGCAAGUUAUUUUGAGGUUAACAAAAGCAAAGAUCACCAAAUUAACAAGAAACAAAGAUACACUAAGGAUUUGUUACAUCAACCGAUAAUGAACUCGACUAACAUUCAAAAAGUAUCACAAGGAGCAACAGUAUUCUACUGCAUCAUCAUGGGAGCAGUUCUCACGACCGCUGUGUUUGGGAAUUGCUUAGUCCUCUUGGCGGUAAAAAGGACCAGAUCUUUAAGGAAUACAGCCGCUAUUUUAGUUGUUAAUCUAGCAUGUGUGGAUUUGGCGGUGACUGUGUGUAUUGUGCCAUUUGUCAUCGUUACUGCUUCAGCUCAACAGUGGGUGUUAUCAAGAGAGCUUUGUCUCGCUACGGGGUUCAUGAAUUCAUUUUUGACGGCAGCUCAGAUCAUGGCAUUACUUCAUAUUAGUUUAAACCGAUUUUUAGCCGUUGCAUAUCCUCAUUCGUACGACACGAAACUCUCCAAGCGAAUCACGCUCGCUAUGGUUGUCACGGGCUGGGUUUAUUCCUUCUUCUGGACUCAUUUGCCGUUUUACGGUUGGGGGUCCCUGGGGUUCAUCAAAGGGACUCUCUUCUGUAAUAUUUUGUGGUCUCAGCAAUUAAGCUUUGCGGUCACAGCACAGGCAUUAUGUUACUUUAUUCCGUGUAUAAUAGCAGGAACACUAUAUUUAGUGACCUAUAUUAAUGUACGUAAGCACUGGAAGAGAGCGAAAGAACGGACUCAAUCAACGAUGUCACUGGGCGAAAUAAACAUAGCCGCAGCUGUCACGCAAUCCACAGAAGCAGUCACAGCUUCGGUAACGCAAUCUGCUGUGGAAGUGACAAUUAAUCAAGAAGAUGCGGAAUCGGCAAAAGCCACUCGUGAAGCAGCGAGAGCUGCAAGGUCGAGGAGAAAACGACGAAGAGCGAUGGAAAACCGCGUGACAAAGACCCUUCUGGGAGUAGCCAUUGCUUUCGCCGUAUGCUGGUUCCCACGAGGGGUCGCAAAUCUAUGGGCCUUAUUCAUGGGUCGUGAUAAGGUCCCUAUUGGUCUAGAGUAUGCUUCCACGGCGUUUGUAUUCAUGAAUUCAUCUGUAAACCCUGCCAUAUAUGGUGCCCUUAACCAGGAUUUCUACAAAGCUUUCAUCAGUAUAUUGUCUUGUCAGAAGAUGAAACGAAGUCGGAGUGAUACGGAAUUCGGAUCUGGGUCGAUUUCACGGACAGGAAAAAAGAUAUAAGCCCACUCUAACCUCGACUUCACGAGUGACGUCAUCACUGUUUUAAACGUGACUGUUGCGACUGUUCUGAAAUGGAGCUCUUGGGUAUAAUAUGAAUGCAAAUCGUUUUGCGGGUGAAGCUAACUGCCUGAAAGGGCUGCAACGGAGGCUAUCAGCUGAUCACAACAUAACCCAAACAUGAAGAGCUUUCUUCCGUUACAACUUUCCGGAUUCCAAACGACUGGCUUCCAAAUUCCUAGAUUCCUUGUUUUUAGUAAGGAUUUGGGAAACAAUACAGUACUAGAUUCAGUUCGUUAUUCUGAUUCUAUGGAACUACAUGCUAAAGAGUCUGGAUUUCACUCCGGGUUGCUGUUAUUUAUCAACAUUAGAAUAUGACAAAUAUCGGAUAUUUGAGAACCAAUCAGAACAAUCCAGUAUGUCACGCAAUAAUUGACACUGUACAUAUAUUUAUUUAUUCAAUGAAGUAUACCGUUGCAAAUUUUAUCAAAAAUCCUACGAUAGUAUUAUCAAGAUUCUGUCAGUGGUGCUACGCACUGCAUUGAUUAAAUUUUUUUAAGGCAUAAUUCAUAUGAUUUGGUAUAGCCAUAGUUCACAUUACGGCACCAGUUCAUAUAGGUACGGCACGUGAAACGCACGCCGGAUAAUACCUUUGUGUACACCGAUACUCAAUGUUAUUCAUCGACACAACAUCACCCAAUUAUUCUUUAAAAUUUAUGCAUCUUAUAAAGGAAAUAAGAAAUUAUUGAAAUGUAAGACUGUAUUAAAUGUUGUAUGAAGAUGAUAGCUAGACUAAGCAAUGGGCAACGACGCUAUUUUCUCAUCGCGCAAAGCAUAACGGUAAUGGAAGUCAUCGCGUUAGUUAUCACCAUUUUAAAAUACUCCAAAAAAUCUAUUUCGUGCUUUCAAGAUGUAUAAGUAAUUUUGCAGGUCGAUUUUCGAUUGCUUUGCCUUUGUUGUAAGAACGAUUUUUAGUUUCAGAUCAGUUCAAAACUAGCAAUCGACGAUCAAUCGCACCAACUGAUGUUAGAUUGUGUUCAAUGGACUUCUGAACCUUCUACGUCACUAAUUGGUUUUCAAUAAAUUGUGGGAUCAGUUUCCAGAGAAAACAAAAGAAAUCCGCCAUGUUCUGUGAAAACAUAUCCUAAAAUGCAUUGCGAAUUUGGAGUACAUGACGUAAAAGAUUCAGAGGUCUAUUGUCGAAUGUUUGAUUGACUACGCUAUGCAUGUCUGACUUAUAUUAUGGUUUACUCACAAACUCUAAAGUUACUAGGGCACAAUUAGUUUUACUACCUAUCUUUGAUUCACGGGGAAAUGUGGUAUAACAGAACCGGAGACAGUUGUCACUAAACUCUAAAAUUGUUGCUGCCGAAAAUCAUAUUUUCUGUGGCUGAAUGGAAUUCGCUGUCGCUAAGAAUAAAUUUGUUUCAAUUUGCUAAAAAAAUCGGUUAAAUUUACUAAGUAGGGAUGGACAAAGAUAAAGUCAAAGUCUCCAAAGGAGAUUGUGAACGAGCUCUUUGGUCUGAGUAACCCAUAAUGACAGGGGCGGAUCCAGGAUUAUCCUCAGGGAGGGGUGCGGGGCACUCAGUAGGAGGUGCACCACACAAAACAUCAUUACCAUGAAGAUACAAAAUAAGGAAAGUAUUGAAGGAUAGAGAUCUCGAAGGGGAGUUGGUGCGCACCUCCUGCACCCCCACCAGUUGGAUCCGCCCCUGAAUGAGCUCUGCCAUGUUCUUGUUGAUGUUUAGGGAAAAUCCAUCUGAAGCGUGUGAAAUUAUGGAGAUUUAAAAGUAUAAGAUCAGAGCCGCAUUUCUUGUCAAAUGCUAAGGAUCCUUUCAUUAUUAUAUAGCCUCAUUCAAAAUAUCGUCGAUCUAUUUGCUUCUCAUU